GACUGAAUUCGGAGUUACCACCAUAAAGUAAUUGGUGUAAUUGUGACAAAUAAACAGGUUACCCACGGCUGGGUAGCCGUUAGGGUUUCGCACUUCGUCGAACGACUAGCUGUACAGGUCCAAGUAUAUUUCCGGUUGAAACUGGCGGAUCAAAGACCCGUCAUUCUAAAUAAUUUCACUCCUUCAAAAUUUUCGCCAGUAUAGAUUAUUAGAUAUCAUGUACUUUCUCCUCUUCAGGCAUAUUGGGUACGCAUUACGGACCUUUGGUAGGUGAUUAGCUCUUUUGGGGGAAGGGGUUCGCCCUACCCUCCCAGUCCUAGCUUGUUUUAUUGUUCGCUACCGUCAUGCAACUCGCGCUCGUUGAGGUAAGCUAUUUCCGCUUUUAAUAGUGCAUCAUCGGUGAACUGAUAAAAGACGGACCUCCAAGAGAUCCCGAUGAAGGACACGCGAUUUGCUUUAGGUACAAUGAUUUUCUGACCUGAGGUGAACCUCAUAUUAUUCCGAAGCUAACUAAUACAAUGGCGGCGGCGCCAGACCCACAUGAAGUGUUCCGUUCAACAACUGGAAAAACCAAUUUUCACCGCGUUACACGACUUCUAAUAAGUGGAGGCACAACACUAUUGAGGGAAAUUUUUGACCUCAUAUAUCCCCCGAGUAGUCUACCAACGAUAUUGAAAAAUCCAGCCACAGAGAAGCAACUCAGAUCUGCAAAGCUAUCUAAGCCUCAGUGGGACUGUCUUUACCCAUCCCCAGGGGCGUACGGCCGGUCAACAGAUUUCGACGUUACCUUGCUCUUCAGGUUGCUAAGGACAAUAUGCAACCUGACCCCUCCUGUAUUAGGGUGGGAUGCUCUACCAGCACCUACAGACUGCAGCUUACCCGAUGAUUUGGCGAGAAUUAAAUAUUAUCGCAACUCAAUAUACGGUCACGUGAACCAAAACAUGGAGAUAACCGAUGGCGCGUUUCCUCUCCUUUGGCGGGAAAUUAGCGGUGCCCUUGUGCGAGUCGCGGGACACAUCAGCCGUGCAAAGAAGAUGGAAUGGCAAAAAGCCAUUGAUAAGUUUUUAGCGGAUCCCCUCACAGCAGAAGACGAAAGAAACAUCCAGGAACUGCUGAAGUGGUACGAAAACGACACAGAAGUGAAGAAAUCUGUGAUGGAACUGAAAAACGCAGCUCAAGAAGGGAUGGAACGUUUGGAAAUUAGUUUACAAGGUAUUCAGGAAGUACUUGAAGUUGAGGCAAGCUCUGUUGCAGAGAACGUCAAGUGCUUAGGGAGAGAAGUGCGAGAGAGAACACGGGACCUCAGAGAACAGUUAGCAACCGAAAUGAAAAACACAACUCAAGCAGUCCAACAAAGAAUUGGAGGUUUGGAAACAAGUUUAAAGGCUGCCCACGAUGGGCUAGAAGACAAAACACUGUCAAUAGAGACAACAGUUCGGGAGGAAGCUCAAAACAUUAAAGAUCAGCUUGGAACGGUACAACAAUCGAUAGAAAGGCUCGGUUCCUCAGCUGAGAGCUCUCAAGCCGAUGGAGCUCGCAUUCGACUUCGGAUCAAUUGCGAGGCCAUUUCAGGACCUGGUCUGCAAGGACAAUCUCAUGAGGUGGUUGCAGCUUCACGGAAACCCGAAGGAGAGACCCAGAGUGCCGGAGGGAACCCAGUCAUAUCCUGCCAGCAACAAUCACCGACCCCUGGAGGUUUCGGGGGAGAACACUUCGGAAAUGGAGGCAUUCCAUCAGCGCAGGGAGUUUUGAAUUUCAUUGCGUUCAAGUACUUCCAAGCAGUUGACCCGUCUAAACCAGAGGAGUUGAAUGGCUACCUUCAGUAUCUGAAAGACGUGCGCCAAGUGUUAUUCGUUGACGCUCAAACGGGAAGCUUGAUAAUCACAGUGGAGUGCAAUUCGCUGGAAAUACUAGAAGGAUUAUGGGACGACUACAGCACAGGACACUUGAAUGAAAUUGCACAGAAAUUCCUCGUGACAGAUAACAUUCUCAAGGAGUUUGGCCUCACCGAGGUGAAACUCACCACAACCAUCCUAAUGAAGGAGUACAAAGCUUGUCGAGAGCAGUUAUUGCUGCAAUCAGAACGAAGAUGGGACGUUUUACCUCACCAAGUUUCUUCUGCAGUCACGAGGACAAGUUCCCCCAUUAACGGGGCUGGUGAUUUUUCGCGAAAAACUUCAAGCCGUGAAAGCACCAUGGCAUCAAGUCCAUCUUCGACCGCUGGUUAUCUGCACAACUUGUGUCGUCAAGGCAAUACAAGUGCGAUCCGCCCAUACCUUCAAGGGAUUUCAGACGUCAACAAGCUGGAGGAACGACUUGGUUUCCUAGGUUACACUCCUCUUCAUGAAGCAACCAAUCAAGGACAAAUAAGUGUUGUUAGACUCCUGCUUCUUUAUGGUGCCAAUGCAAAUGCCAAAGCCAACGGCUUCUACACACCUCUUCAUAUUGCGGCAUCAAUGGAUAAUUUAGAUUGUGUGAUGGAGCUUUUGAAGCACAAUGCAGACAUAACAAGUAGAGAUGAGUUUGGUAAAACCCCUUAUGACACUGCCAUGAUUCACAAGUGCAAGAAGACAGCACGUGUCCUCAAGAGUGAAGAGGUCAAAAAGGCAGCCAGGGAAAACAGUCCAAACUUGAGAGAGAUGCUGACAUCGAUUCGAUUACAAGAUCUUGUACCAUCUUGUUUUAAGGAGGCGAUACUGGAAGCUUCACGAGGAGGCCACAUGGAUGCCAUCUGUUCUUUAGUUAUCACAGGUGGACGACAUUCCUUACAACUCAGAGAUUGCAUCAGUGAGGCAUUGAAGUUCCAUGCCUGUGAUGCAGCUGCCAUGUUGCUAACCUGCUAUGCCGCAAAACAUGAUAAAAAGAAGCUUUUAAAAUACUUGAUGAGUGUUGAGGUUGACAAAGAAAAUGAGCGGGAAGCCCUUGCAGAAUUACCAAACGAUGUGGUACUAACCCACGAUGUUUUGUCUAGAAUGAGGAUGUGUAUUUCUGACAGAGACUCCUUUAACAUUGCAGUACCUAUUGGAUUAGCUAUUCAACAGAAGAAAAAGGAAGCUGCGGGAAUCUUCCUCUUGAGUACCAAUUGCAAUCAAGUGCAGAAACGAAUUGAUUGGCCCAAACUGGCCCUGGGUGACAUUGAUCCUUCAUGGCUAGAAAAUGUCACAUGGGUGGAAAAACUCUUCUUAGCAUCAAAUCUACUUACAAGCGUUCCAAGUAACAUAACCAUCUUGACCAAACUGUAUUGUUUAGACUUGAGGAGGAAUCAGUUGAAGACUAUCCCUGCUGGUCUACUUGAGAUGUCAAGUUUGCGGGAUCUGCGGCUGUCUGAGAACAAAAUUGUCGAACUGCCUAAGAAAUGUAAAUGGAGUCCCUCUCUGAAGACACUCAAUUUAAAUGAUAACUCUCUGGAGACGUUGCCUAAGAGCAUGGCAAAUGCCAAGUUGUCAAUUUUGUACAUAGCAAGAAAUAAUUUGUACGAAGUGCCUCUGUGUAUCUGUGCGAUAACAACCUUGCAGUCACUGGAUCUGUCAGGUAACCCUAGAUUGACACAGCUUCCACCACAGAUGGGACGACUUACCAACAUUGAAAUGCUUAAAUUGGAAAAUUUGGAUCAGUUGACAGAUCCUCCCGAGGAAAUAAAGAGAAAUGGCAUCAAAACCAUCACGUAUCUUCGAAACAUACUGCGCAGAUCAGAGGGGUAUUACACCAUGAAGCUGAUGCUGGUAGGCAGGGCUGCUCAAGGCAAGACAACAUUGAAGCAUCGGCUGAUGAGAAACUACAGUUACAAUGAAAAUAAAUCGACAAACGGAAUUGCCAUGGAUGAAUUCCGUUACAAUCGAAAGGACUACGGUCUAUUCCCGAUUUACCAGGAGUUCGUUUUCAAAAUUUGGGAUUUUGGUGGUCAAGAAGACUUCUAUACAACACAUCAAUGUUUUCUAUCCACUCUGGCGCUUUACCUACUGGUGUGGAACCUGGAAGAAGGUGAAAGCGGAGUCGAGAUGCUGAAGAGCUGGUUGGACACCAUAUCUGCCAGCGCUUCCAACACCAGCCUCAUCAUAGUGGGCACACACUUGGACAAGGUUAAGAAAAACAAGGAACCCGGAUUCCAGGAGCGCAUGCGCGACUUAGUGAAGGAGCUGGUUUUGUUACCGAAGUACAGCCGAAUCAAUGUCAAGGAUAUCAAGGAAGUUAGUUGUGCACCUGACAACAGAGAAGGCAUUGAUGACCUCCGUAUAGCCAUUUACGAUGUUGCCAGGAACCUCCAGAAGAGUGAACGCGGGCAAGUGUCAGUAAUGGGCGAAAAGAUUCCGCACAGCUUUUUGUUAGUGGCAGAUAUCAUUGAAGCCAAGCGACAGGAGUUGCGGGAUAAUGGACGAUUGCCAAUCAUGCACAAAUCCGAGUACGAGGCACUUGUCCUGGACACCAUUAAGAAUGACACAUUGGACAUCGAGGACACUAAUGACUUAGUGGAGGUUACUAAGUUUAUGCACGAGAGAGGCAUUUUGAUGCACUACGACGACCCAAACCAAGAUCUGCAAGAUCUGUACUUCAUUGAUCCUCAGUGGCUUUGCGAGUUGAUGGCACAGAUUGUGACGCUACAAGAAGUGAACCGAUUCAUUCGCAAUGGCAUCUUAAACCUGGACGCCCUGCCCCAGAUUUUCAAAGGUGAACUCUUUCCAUACCGGAACGCUCCGCAAUUCAUCCGUCUGUUGAAUCGCUUCCAGAUCGCAUGUUCCUUAGACGAAAACCGCGUCCUGAUUCCUUCCAAACUUCCCGCCGGGCAACCGGAUGAGGCCACCAACGACGAUCUCCCGUUUAUCACACUGAAACGAAUCCAUUCUUUGCCUUGCAUUCCGUUUGGAUUCUGGAGUCGCCUGAUUUCGCGCCUGUUGUUUUACAUGAAGGAUAUGCUGUCGGGCGGAGAAAAUUUCAGUCGACAGGAGUACUCGAGCCCGUUUCAGCUCGAUCCAUUCUGCUGCAAAUGCCCCCUUGACCUAGAGAGUUCAACCACAGGGGGUCUUGCCGACAGUGACAAUGAAGUACUGGCUACCUUCGAAGCUUCUCUUGGUGGGUCGUUUGAGAAUCUGCCAGGUUCGCCUGGUGACUUCCGCGGUCUCGUUCGAUUCUUCAGUUCUCACCGUACGGGAACCUUCAUCAACGGCCGAUUUUUCAGUCAUUCCGAUUUGGAAGGUGGAAGCUCUCGGAGUGAUUCAGGUUUCGAGUACAGUUCAGACGACGACGAUGAAGCUCGUGCCAGGGCGCCAGGCGAGCUCACUGCGUCCUAUCCCUUUGUUGGUUCCAAAGCCGAUAGUUCGUGGAGGAAUGAAAGAGUAUUUAAACAUGGUACUGACCCGGGAACACACCGCCGCCAUGACGAAAUUAAUGACCUCGAAAGCGAAACUCCCAAAAGCGACUCGGCUGUACCAAUCUUGCGACAGAAAUUGUCACACGGAGACUCAGUCGAAAAUGCGCAUUUUGGCGCAUCACGCACAAGCUCUGAACAGGGCUCCUGUGUAACACUCAAUUCCAAUCAGUUUCACAUUAACCCCGAUGUUGCGGAAGGUCCCUCAGCGGCUGAUAACGAUGCACUUUCGAAUUUCGAUGGAAAAGAUGUUGACUUGGUAGAUUCAUCUCGACCAAAUGAACUCGCCAGUGGCGCAGCCGAUGAAGACAUCGAGGUUCUCGCUUCGAAAGACACAUGUUUAGAAUCUUGUUCUGAAAGGCUCAAUGGUCAUCUUGAAUUAAAUCUUUCUCAAAAUUACGAUAGCGAUGACAGCGAUAGCGUGCCUUAUCACUCUGCCACCUCCAGAUCAUGUACCCCAGAUCCACUGACACACGAAAAAAGCGAUGGACACCACGAGGAUCCUUCAUUAAUGGAGCUAAACAAAGAUCCUGAAAUACGUCCCUUUAACGAAGACCCUGGUACCGAUGGCCUUAAUCAGUUCCAGUCCUUGACGGAGUCGUGUUUGAAAGAGGCUUAUUUUCACCGAUCUGUGUCAGAGGAAAAGUUUCAAGGCGACAGUUGUGAGGUGGCAUCUAAUCACUCGGCCAGCUCCUCUGUAUCAAACAGCAUUUCGUCGGAUAAAGAGUCUGAUGGAGAAUGUUUUCACACCGGUUCUAGUCGGGGAUCUAACGUCAGCGAGGCAGGGGACACAUCCAUAGAGAUACGGACUGUUGUUGGUGACGAGGAAAUUGCAGCAGCCAGCCAUGUGUCAGACAACUCAGUCAGCAUCGAUUGGAAUGAAACAAUUGGAGAGGUUCCCAAUGCCGGGACUUCGUCACACGAUUCUCCAGGCUCAGUCCCGCCCCUUCUCCCCGAGAUCUCAGUAGAAUCGCCGGAGACUGGAGCCCAUUCUAGAAGUCCUUCGGCGACGCCGGAUCCUGGCAGAAGUAACGUUAGAGAUAGCAGCAGAGCCAAGCACCGCAGUGUUACAUCGCAUCUUCCUUACUGCCCAUUCAAGGAAGAUUUCCCCAUCGACAGCCUCCCGCAGUUACCAACAGACCUGGCGACGCUGAUUGACCAUGGCUUCCUUCAUUGCUGGAAGUCCGGAGUGUGCCUUCGUCACCCUCGCUUGUUCUUCCUGCUGUACUGCCUCCCGGAUCCCGCUUCUGACCGACAGUUGGUCGUUACAGAAGUAAGCCCUUGUCCACAGGGUCGGAGGGUCUUAAGCUACGUGGUAGACCACAUCGACACCCUGAUUCGGGAGUGGUAUCAGGAGUUUUCGUCCACGGACGGCCAGCAACCCAAGGUCAGGCAGCUCAUCCCCUGCGUCGUGUGCGAACUCCUGGGUCUUGAACCGAACAAGUUCUCGUUUGCUGAAUGCCAGCUUCAAAGUUCAAGGUCAGAUACAAUUCCCUGUCCCCGUCAUCCUCGAAUCAAGGUUAAUCUACACAAAGUGGCACCUGACAUCAUGUUACAUGACGUAGAUGCCGAUUUGUUGUUGUCGCAUGACGAGAUCACCUAUGAGGACACCGAGUCAAAACGGCUGGGCAGCGGUGGUUUCGGAAAGGUUAUUCGUGGUGAAUGCCGAGGACAAGCCGUCGCCAUCAAGUUCUACAUUCAAAGCGACGAAACAGACCCCUUGAGGCAUUACCGCGAGGCGCGCAAAGAAUUGAACGUGCUACGCCGCGUGCGGCAGCAUCCGUUCCUCAUCAACAUCAUUGGCGUCUGUCUUCGUCCCUUAUGCCUCGUACUGGAACUGGCGGAGCGGGGAGCUCUCACCGAGAUCAUUGUCAAUCCGAUGCCCAUUCAUCGCAUUGUACUAUUUCGCAUCGCUUACCAAGUUGCCGAUGCGUUGCGCUUCCUGCACGAUUUGGGCGUCAUCUACCGAGACCUAAAACCCGAAAAUGUCCUAGUUUGGUCAUUGGACGAGCCAGCUGAUCUUCACGUUAAACUUAUCGACUUCGGCACGGCGAAUUUUGCGACUUCUACCGGUCUCAUUUCGUGUGCGGGUUCAUGCGGUAACCACGCGCCCGAGAUGCUGGAGUGCGCAAACAAAGAGGAGUACACAUCUCAAGUGGACGUGUAUUCGUAUGCGAUCCUUUUGUACCAAAUCAUUACUCGGUCAGUUCCGUUUGAAGAAUACGAUUCCGAACCUAAAAUCAACGCUGCUGUGAUCGCCGGCGAGCGUCCGAAGUGGCGGGAGGUUCCGGUGUCGACAUUCGGUCUUCCGACUCUUACCGAACUCAUGCUUCGUUGCUGGUCGGAUAGCCCGAUGAAACGACCGACGUCUUCCCAGAUAGCUGAGCAAGUCCGUCACCCAGCUUUCCAAUGUUUGCUAGCUAAGCAGGCCGUUAACCCUCAGCAGCAAUCUGUGCGGCAUGCCUGUCUGGUGCCAGAUUUCUGCGAUCUGUGGCUGGCGUGUGAUGACCAUUCAGGAAACCGAAUUUUUAUCUACGAUGGUCGCACGCUGGAUAUGAAGUUCUCGUUUUCUAUUGAAACCGAACAACAGCAGCCUCUUGCCUUUCAGAUUCAGUGCAUGCAUUUUAUGAAGCCUUACGUGUUGAUCGCCGUUCGCGGCCCCGCGGACUUAAUCUAUGUUUAUGCUAGCUCAAGUGAACUUCGUUUUAAGUACGUGACAUCCAUGCCAUUUGACGAGCAGAUCACUUGCGUGUCGUCGAAUGAUGAGUAUAUAUUUGUUGGACUGAGCGAUGGCAAAGUGCGCUGCGUCCUGAAAACAGAAAUGAAGAAAAGCGACAAAAAGCGUACAUUAUGCAGUUUCAAAGUGGGACGCCACCGAAUUCUGUCACUGACUGUCGCACAGGAUAAACUCUGGGUAUCAACCAGUCGGUAUAUUUUCAGAUAUUUUACGAAACCCGGCGAAAUGGAAGCGUUCGACAUUGACGCCAUGUGGUACGGCGGCCCCAAAGGAAUGGAGAACAACCCUCAGACCCAGGUCUCCCUCCUCAAGGUUUGUCUUGACGAGCAAGGCGUUCUGUCCGUUUGCAGAUCUGUCCUCAGCAAAUGGGACGUCGAAACCAGACGGAAUCUCUUCAACAUCGACUGCGUAGCUAUCCUGAAGAGCCUCGGCGCAGAUUCCACUGAAGAAGAGGCACGCAAGGAUAGCGGUGACGCCGCUGCGUGUAUUACCUGCGUUGAGCCCACGCGCGACUCACUGUGGGUGGGGAUCGCGAGUGGCCACAUUUUGAUCUUUGAUUCCGAAACAGGGUAUCUGCUCACGUGGUUUCAUCCUUUUGAUGAAACGCGGACCCUCACUCUAAUUAAUGGCCCUGGUCCGUGCGGUACCGAACAAAGCUACGUCAUAAGCACUGGAAAGGGGCUAAGGCGAGAAGGGCUGGGACCUGUGUGCGUCUUAGCGGCGGAGCGGGUGCGAGAGCCCUCUCAGGAGAUUACCAUUAGGAAAACGAGUGAGCCGGAGAAAAAAAAGAAUUACCUAAGGAGCAUAUCAGGACGAAAACUUUGGAGUGCCACCCCUCCAAUCGAAGAACAAGAACAUGACGCAGUCGACACAAAUCCAAGCCCGCAGCCUAAAUGCUCUAUGAUCAUGUGGGAAGUUGUUUCCGGGAGUUGUUUUGCCAGAAUAGAGUCUAUAAGCGGCCGGCAACGUAGUCCUUUCCGUCUAAGUAACACCUCGUCAAAUGUUCAUCAGUCCUCGCAAGACAGUGACGAAACGAAUCUGGGAACGUAAUUACAAGGCGACGGAAGUACAUCCGGAGAUCUCUUGUGGAGGACUGAGUACCAUAUCUUGAGGGUACGAGGAAUUAACUGACACUGGAAGAGUAUAUUGGCCUUGUUUGCUAUCAAAGCAUGACAAUGAGAACUCACGAAUAAUUGUCAAGCGAACAUACCUCGUUGGAGAUCAGCUACCCGUUAUCUGCGAGACCUGCCGUCUUAAAAGAACAGAUGAUUCAAAAGCAAAUGAUAAAUUCAGUUGUUGUUGUCACUGCCUAAAGACGUCGCUAUUGAAUACGUAUAUAACAGAUAUCAUAGGUAGUUUUUUUGCUAUCAUAAAAGAGAAUUGUUGUGUUAAUGGUAGUUAUAGUGUAUAGCAAAUACGGACAUCUUUUACAGGAGUUUCGUAUAUGAGCUUGACGAACGAACGAAAGGGAACGUUUUAAAAUAUGUACAAGUUGAUUUUAUUCGAACUGUGUAUCUCAUGGAUUUUAGUGAUUUUUUCCUUGUUACAACUCAAAUUCAAAUUGACUACGACAUCAAGUCCUCUGUGGUGUUUUAUGGAGAAAAUUCUAUAUCUUUAGUCCCAAUUCAAAUUUGGGACAAAUUUAAUGUUAUUAAAUACAAAUUUCGGCGCAGGCUGGGCUUAAUUUAUGCUUUCGAUGUGGACUGUUCGUGCACGCCUAGCAGCUAGAAAAAAAAUAAAGCCUGAUGUUCCUUGCCACCUUGGU